GUGGCUGUCCGUCUGGCUGUCCCGCCACCAUGAGCUUCGCGGCGCUGCUGCGGCGGCGGCGGCGGCUGCUGCCGGUUGCGGGGGGGACGGCGGCGCGCGCGCCCCGCUGGAGCCGGCGUUGCAGCGGCAGCAGCAGCAGCAGCGGCGCCGCCGCCGCCUGCGAGAGCCCCGCGCGCGCCGCCGUCCGCGUGGGCUGCGCCUCGGGCUUCUGGGGGGACACGGCAGCCGCAGUGCCGCAGCUGCUCUACGGGGGGAAGCUGGAUUUCCUCGUCUUCGACUACCUCUCCGAGAUCACCGUGUCGCUGCUGACCGCCGCCAGAGCCCGGUCUCCUACUUUAGGUUACACUCCAGAUUUUGUCUCCACUGCCAUGGCUCCCUAUAUAAAAGAUAUACACAGGAAAGGUGUUCGUGUCAUCAGUAAUGCUGGUGGAAUUAAUCCACUUGCUUGUGCAGCUGCCCUCGAGGAGGUAGCAAAGAAAGCAGAUGUUGAUUUGAAAAUAGCGGUUGUUGCUGGGGAUGAUCUGAUGAGUGAGAAAGAAAACAUAAAAGGAGCUGGUAUUACUGAUUUAGAGCGUGGCAUACAGUUUCCAGAGGGCAUUCAUAGCAUGAACGCGUAUCUUGGCGCAAGACCAAUAAGUAGGGCUCUUGAUCUUGGAGCUGAUAUUGUUGUGACGGGUAGAUGCGUUGACAGUGCAAUUGUAUUAGGACCACUCAUUCAUUCUUUUGGCUGGAAUAGGGAUGAAUUUGACUUGCUAGCUGCGGGAAGCCUUGCAGGUCAUCUCAUUGAAUGCGGUGCUCAAUGUACAGGUGGAAUAUUCACUGACUGGCAUGCAGUACCAGACUGGCACAACAUAGGCUUUCCCAUUGUAGAAUGUUCCUCUGAAGGAGACUUUAUUCUUUCCAAGCCACCUGACACAGGGGGACUAAUCUCUUUUGGCACUGUAGCUGAACAGUUGGUGUAUGAGUUGGGCAAUCCUCAACGCUAUCUUUUACCAGAUGUCACAUGUGACUUUUCCGAAGUUUCCAUCACCGAAAUUCCAGGUUUUGAUGGUGGGGCAGUGAAAGUUCAAGGAGCAAAAGGAUCACCUCCUUCAGCGUUUUAUAAGGUAAACGCCACUUACCUUGAUGGCUUCAGAGCUACUGCUGUCUGUCCAGUGGGAGGUCCAAAGGCAGCACAAAAAGGAAAACGCACUGCGGAAAGUAUUCUGCAAAGGACUCGACUUAUUUUCAGUCAGCUUGGGUAUGAAGAUUACAGUGCAGUUAACAUACAGGUUUUAGGGUCUGAAGAUACAUACGGACCUCAUGCUAGAAGGAGUGUAGAUGGUCAGGGUCCUCGGGAAGGUGUUCUUUGGCUUGCAGUACACCAUAAGCAAAAAGAAGCCGUAGAAAUCUUCUCCAGAGAGGUUGCAUCAGCUGGAACUGGCAUGGCACCUGGUCUCACUGCAAUUGUUGGAGGGCGCCCCAGAGUGUCUCCAGUUUUGAAGCCUUUCUUCUUCUAUUAUCCCAAAAGCAAUGUUCAGAUCAGCCUGUUUUUAAAUGGGCAGCAUGUUGAGACGUUUGAGGAAGAUCUCACGUUUACAUCAGAUGAGGUUGUUUCUUCUGAUUCACCCAUGAUCAGCAGUGAAUUGAAAGAUCUGCCAAGUGGUCCACAUACUUAUCGCUUAGAAGAUCUUGCCUAUACUAGAAGUGGUGACAAAGGCAACUCUGCAAACAUAGGUGUAAUAGCACGGCAUCCCCUCUACUAUCCAUACCUAAAGAAAACUUUAACUGCUCAAGCCUUGGAGAAUUACUUCCAACACCUUUUAGAACGAGAAAAACCUGAAGAAGAACUAGUAACAAGAUACGAGUUGCCAGGAAUCCAUGGAUUAAAUUUUGUUCUGAAGAAUUCCCUUGGUGGUGGUGGUGUGGCAUCCCUAAGAAGUGACCCACAGGGCAAAGCACUUGGACAGAUGCUGCUGGAUUUCCAGAUCAGAAAUGUUCCUGAUUUAAAAUCACUGAUAGAGUAACA